UCUCAACUUUAUCUGAUUUGGCGCGAAGUCGAAGCUCCCGAUAUCUGUUUUUGUUAUGUCCAGUUCCUUUUGUUUGACACUAAUUGCUCUUUAAAUUUUCAAUAUUCCUACUUAAAGUUUUAUUAUUUUUCUUUAAAAAAUGGCUGAUAUUGAUAUUGAUCAACGCUUAAGAGAUAUUCAAAAGGAGUACCUUGACUUUUUGGAUGAUGAUAGUGACCAAGGAGUUUAUAGUCAACUUGCUAAAGACUUAAUAUUGAGGAAAGGAAGACGAAUGCUGAUAAACGUAAAUGACCUGCGAAAAAAGAAUCCUGUCAGAUGUCAAAGCCUGUUGAAUUCUUCUUUUGAAGAGUUUGUGGCAUUUCAAAGAGCCUUAAAAGAAUUGAUUUCAGCUGCUGAUCCGAGCUAUGCCAAAGAUAUAGAAGAGUUUUUUAUUGCACUUGAGGGAAGUUUUGGCUCUAGACAUGUUACUCCAAGAACACUUGUUUCUAGUUAUUUGGGUAAUGUGGUUUGUGUUGAAGGAAUUGUUACAAAGUGCUCCAUUGUUCGUCCCAAGAUUGUCAGAAGUGUUCAUUAUUGCCCAGCCACAGCUAAAACUAUGGAGAGGCGUUACACUGAUUUAACUACGUAUGAUGCAUAUCCUAGUAGUUCUGUUUACCCAACUAAGGAUGAGGAUGGCAAUCUUUUGGAAACUGAAUAUGGUCUUUCAGUAUAUAAGAAUCAUCAAACCUUUUCGAUUCAAGAAAUGCCUGAGAAAGCUCCCGCUGGUCAACUUCCUAGAAAUGUUGAUAUAAUUGCAGACAAUGAUUUGGUUGAUAAAUGCAAACCUGGAGAUAGAGUUCAAGUAGUUGGAAUGUUUCGAUGCUUACCAAGUAAAAAAAUGGGAUACACCACCGGAACUUUCAGGACUAUUUUAAUUGCUAACAACAUUCAACUCUUGAGUAAAGAAGUGUCUCCCCAAAUUUCUGUGGAUGAUGUCAAGAAGUGCAAAAAAUUUUCUAAACAAAAGAAUGUUUUUGACAUAUUGGCCCAUUCUCUUGCUCCUUCAAUUCAUGGGAAUGAAUAUAUUAAGAAAGCGAUAUUAUGUUUAUUGUUGGGUGGAGUUGAGAAAGUCCUACCCAAUGGCACAAGAUUGAGAGGUGACAUAAAUGUGCUGUUGCUUGGAGAUCCAUCAGUUGCCAAAUCUCAGCUUUUACGUUAUGUCUUGCAUACUGCUCCCAGAGCCAUAACCACUACAGGGCGAGGAUCAUCCGGUGUUGGUUUGACUGCUGCAGUUACUACUGAUCAGGAGACUGGUGAUCGCAGACUUGAGGCUGGAGCUAUGGUUUUAGCUGAUCGUGGAGUUGUUUGUAUCGAUGAAUUUGAUAAAAUGUCUGACAUAGAUCGUACAGCCAUCCAUGAAGUUAUGGAACAAGGGCGAGUGACAAUUGCAAAAGCUGGAAUUCAAGCUAAACUGAAUGCUCGUUGUAGUGUCUUAGCUGCUGCAAAUCCUGUUUAUGGAAAGUAUGAUCAGUACAAAACUCCCAUGGAAAAUAUUGGCUUACAAGACUCUCUGCUUUCUCGUUUUGACCUGUUGUUUAUCAUGCUUGAUAAAAUGGAUCCAGAAUGUGAUCGGGAGAUAGCUGAUCAUGUUGUACGAAUGCAUCGUUACAGAAAACCUGGGGAGAUGGAUGGAGAACCUCUGCCUAUUCAUUCUGCUGCUGAUUUUCUGGCCACUAAAGAUCCUGAUUCUGAAGAUGAGCAGGAUGGGGAGACACCAAUUUUUGAAAAAUUUGAUGCUUUACUUCAUGGAUCAAGAGCUAAAAUGGAGAAAGUUGUUAGUAUUGAGUUUAUGAAAAAGUAUAUUCACUUAGCAAAGGCUGUAAAACCAAUUCUCACUAAGGAAGCGUGUGAAAUUCUUUCUGAAGAAUAUACAAAACUUCGAGCAUUUGAUACUCAGAACAGUGAUAUUGCCAGGACUCAACCAGUGACUGCUCGAUCUUUAGAGACGUUGAUCCGUCUUUCUACUGCCCACGCCAAAGCUAGAAUGUCGAAUACGGUGAGUGUGAAAGAUGCUCAGUCUGCUAUCAGUUUGGUGCAGUAUGCCUACUUCAAGAAGGUGAUGGAGAAAGAGAAGAAGCGCAGGCGCCACGACGACAGCUCUAGUGAUGAAGAAACGGAAGAAGCACACAAGAAAAAGAAAUCUACUAAGCCCAGACCUAAACCUGGUGAAGAAGGAUAUGAUCCAUUUGAAUUUGAUGAUGUAGAAGGUGCCCAAGUUGCUUCUUCCCAACCAUCAUCUGGAACGACGCAGGCAGGCUCGUCAACAAUGGAUACAAGUAAACCCAGUAGUUUGUCCGACUCAAGGAUGAAAGACUUCAGAUCAAUUAUAUCGAAACUCUUUAAAGAACGCCAUGCACAGUCUGUUCCUAUCCAAGUGUUGAACGAUUAUGUGAGCGAACAAGAAACAGAACAUCCUUUCACUCCUGAAGAAAUAAAUACUGCUUUGGAUGCGAUGACCGAAGCCAAUCAAUUAAUGGUUGCUAAUGAAAUUGUUUUCUUGAUCUAGAACUUCAAAAACUUUUGUAAAUAUGUUUGUUUUUAAUUGCUUCACUUUUGUCUGCAUUUCUUAUUUUAAAAAAUAAAUUGUUUAAAAAUUUUUCAA